CUCAACGGUGCCCGAGGGCGGGCAACUUGAUACGGCGACAACACAACACAACAUCUAGGUACCUUCUACCUGCAAUCCCUAGGCCUUUCGAACCGCUUCUCUCCUCUGGUUCCGCUUCUGCGUCUACACAGCGGGACCGCCCUUUGAGCUGCUCUUCGUGUUCCCUGCUGAAGCUGAAGCUCAUGCUCGUGCUCAUGCAUCUUGUCCUCCCUAUUGCGAGUCGCCGCCAAUCUCCAAGGAACCCGCUCCGACUUUCUGCGGCCUGCAAAGCCGGUCUGUUGAUCUAACCCGCAUCUCACCGACAGCCUCGCUCCCCCCUCCAUCCAAACAAGCUCACGCUCCUUUGCGGUCCUGGUUGCCCCCCUUCCCCUCCUCAUCUAUCCUCCUGCGACUUACUUCUCGACUUUGUUUGAAUGCGCCGCUAGAACCGCGGCAGAUCGUCCAGCCUUGUGCGGCAGCAUGCAGCGCAGCUAAGUCAGUCCUUUCCGCCGCAUCUUUACCCAGAGAAAGAAGAGGAGGACGCACGCAUCAUGCCUUCCAAACCUCCCGACGAGCAGGAAUCGCCCGAUGCUGCAGCGGCAGUAACAAUCGAUCACUCGACGCCUGUCGCCCAUGGGAACAAUGAUGCAACAACACCCAAAAAGGCGGCCGCUUCUGCUGCAGAUGCGGCGGCGACGACCCCCAAGAGCGCGCCUGCCCGUCCUCGAGCAGCAACCAUGAAGAAGCCACCCGAACCCCCAACACUGCUCGCCGACUUCCUGAGGGGACGUCCCUCUCCGCAGCGCAUCGCCGCCGAACGGAAACGGAGAAUGAGCCUCGAUGCAGUCAAGGCCGAGAUGAGGGCCGAGAUGCGACAGGCCGCCGUGGCUAGAGUACAACAGCCUGGAGGUGUCAAAGAUCGCGUUCAGAAAUGGCAAAAGGCCAACGCCGCCGUCAUGCUCGUCGGUGAUCCCCUGGCCACCCCGAGCGAGCCUACAGAACUUGCGUUCCCGGGCGAGACCGAGAGCGUCACCGAAGAGGACCGCGUCAGGAUCAAGCUGCGGCAGAAGCGAAGGUCGGUCCCGAAGGUCGAGGUACACAACGACGCUGUGGCCAACGAACACGACGAAACCAUUGAGGAGCUCCCCGACGGUCAGGCUAAGCAAGCACCCAAGAAGAGGGUUGUUAGUGAUGACCAUUGGAUGGCCCAGAAGAGGAAAAAGAGCCCACCACGCUCAAGGUCCCCGAGAAACAAAGACACAGCGAGUCCGGGCCCGAGCCCGUUGCCAAAAGGCUUUGUACAAAAGACGCCCGCCCAGGCGCCCAUUGCCAAGAAGAUCCAGGACUGGGUAUCCAAGGUCGAGUUGCCGGAUCCGCCACCGAGUGGACAUCGAGCGUCGAAAUCCACAGACUCGCUUGAUGGCAGCAGGAUACAGGCAAGGCUCAAGGAACUCCAGGAGAGGCAGGCAACCUUGCCAAAGAAGAGGCUCGAUGACGACGGUAUUAGAGUCGCCCCAAUACGCACGAAGAAGCUUGACGACGACGGCAUCCGCGUGAAACCAACCAAGACGCCGUUGUCAGAGGGAUCGACCUUCAAGACGCCGAGACCGCAAAGCGCAGGGCCCAAGUCGCGCGACCAUAGUCGUGGGGCCAGCUCAAGGCAAGAUUCAUCCGAUCAUAUUGUCGUGGUGGAAGAGGAUGAUUCCGACCGUAUCGAGGUUGUGGAAGAUGCCGCAUCAAGUCUUCCCGCAACACCCACGCGAAAGCCAUCAAACUCACGAAAAGCUAGUCGUAAGAGGAACCCACCGCCCCACACGGAGACAACAGCAACAACCACAACGACAGACGGCAAGUCUUGGGCUAGCACCUCAGAUUCGGCCAUGAAGACCGGACUCGAGGACUCGGAUCCUACGCCCAGUUCGCUCACAAGUGCACCGGGUGCGAAGCCAUUGGCAGAUAUUCCAGUUGGGUUUUCCGCCUUCAGCGAGCUGGAUCUUCCUCUCGACCGGAACAAGACGAGAAAGAAGGCCCAGCGCAACCCCAGCUUCAAGGCUGCUGAUGUGCUCAAGAAAGUGGUGACCGAAGGCAAGAAGAUCUUGCACGAUGCUGUCGAACCCCCAAAGCAACCUGUCGCCAACAAACCUCCGAGCAUUGAGAAGUGGCUAAGCGGGACGGUCGACCCGUUUGUGGAUGAGCCAGCCAAAAAGGAGGAGCUGGCGCCCAAAGCAAAGGCGACUGAAAGCAAGCCUCUUGACAAGGCGAAAUCUCAGGAUACCCGGAGACGAUCAUCCGCUGAGCGACGCCAGAGGAAGACUUCCCCUCCGACCCAGACUGAGCUGUCCCAGUCCACAGGACUUACAGCCUCCACACAAACAACCGAUGUGACUCAGACCACACAAUCGACAGACUGGACAGAAUCCACAUUUACCGAAACAGAUCUGAGUGUGUCCACCGAGAACGACGAGAAUGUGGCGCCAAAGCCCGUGGAAGAGAAGACCAAGGAAAAGCCCAAGACGCCAACAUCUGCUGGCUCUGGCUCUGGCUCUGGUCCUGCUGGUCUGCGCCGAAGAGCAGCGACACGAGGCUCGCCCUCGCCCAUGAAGUCGCUCAAGAAGCCGUUUCGCGAAAUCUUGAAAGAGGCAUUCAGAGGAGAGUCCAGCGGCCACCAGACUCCUCCGUCCAAGUACAUCAGCGAAGAAGAGCGACGGCUAGAGCAAGAAUACGACAGCUACGAGGAGGACGAAGAAUCCGGACGCACCAUGCGUCGCCGCUCAUCUGGCUCCAGCCGGACCUACUCAGACCGAACAUUCACAGAUGACUGGACUUACUCUGACGAGUCUUCCGUACGUGUCGACAGGACACCUCGUCGCAAACCGCCCACGAACGGCGUGCAUGAGCUUUCCACCAUUUUGGGGUCUGCAGACACCCAAAGCGCCUACUCGGACAUGACCUCACAACUGUCCGACACCACUAUCACGCAAGCCACUGGCCUUACGAGGAGCAACGUUUCGCAGCGGAGCAAUAAAUCAGGUCUCAAGAGAAGAUUAACAAAGCACUCCGAUCUAGUGUCAGUUUUGUCGUUGCCCGAUGACAGCCAGGUCCCGGGCAGCCUAAGAAGUGUCAAACACCGACCGAGUGUGAGAAAGGCGGCCAGCAUCAAGAGAGCCACCACCCGACCGGACACGAUCACGACCAAGGAUCUCUUGAAGGAGUUUGCAGACGACGAGAACUUAUACCAGCGUGAACUCAAGACGCUAGUCGAUGGUGUCAUCCCUGUGCUUCUGUCUACCGUCCUCCAAGAGGGCUCUGCGAGCGCCGUCGACCUUUUUGGCCCUGAGUCUCCCGGCCGCAAAGCGAACAGCAUGUCGAAAUCUGUCGUCAACAUGGGAGUUGCCCUGGAGAAACUGAAGACCGCUCAUAAGAGGGCAUCUCACACGGACAUCGACAGGCUAAUCUCCUGGUUGCACACCGCGUCCCCCAUUUAUGACGCCUACAUGGACGCAUGGCGUCUCGGCUUCCAGGAUCUCAUUGUCAACCUGGCCCCUGCAGCCGACCGCCUCGAUGACGAGGACUCGCUCAUCAACGCCCUCCCGCGCAACGCCGAAGGCGACGUUAUUAACGAAGACGGAGAACGCGUCGACGUUGCGCACUUGUUGAAGCGGCCAGUGCUUCGCAUCAGGACUCUUGCGAAGUUUACCAAGGGUCUCCACGCCGCCAUUGGCUCUUACGACACUCUUGCUUUGGUCGGUGACUACGAUGCACUGCAGGAGAAGGCCCGCCGUCGACACAGAGAGGAGUCCGCUCGGUUGGCAGACGAGGACGCCAUCAACACGGAUACGACUAGAAUUCGGGAUCUCCGAACGCUCGCGCCAAUGGAAUCCGUCAAGAUCGACCCCAAGCGACAGGUCAGCGCUAAGGACCUCUUCUCGCUCAGCUUGGCCCACUCUAAUGGGCAAAGACUCGAGUGCCAGGUCGAGCUCGUCCAUCGCGAUCUUCCCGGCGCGAGCAAUGAUAAGGGCGACCUACUCAUUCGAGAGACCGGUAGCGGUCGCCGGACAUGGCUUCUGUUCCCCCCCAUGCCCAUGACUGUCAUCUCAGCCCGCCGUGGUGAUGCAAGAUACGAGCUUGUCUUGAUGGUACAAGGCACCCAUAACGGCCGGCAAUGGUACGAGCUGCUGAGCCUCGUUACGGACAACGAUGAUCAAGUGGACGACUGGCUUGAAAUCGUCGGCACUACUCCGGUACCCCCAAAGGAGCGUCUCCCCAUUGUUACGGGGGAGAGUCUCCCCGAGUCGCCACAGUAUAGAACAGACAUACCUGUUGGCGGCAAGCUGCGUGGCUCCUCUUCAAGAGACAUGUCGUCCCCAGAGCCCAUGACCCCAACGCGGCCGGCUUCUAGUCACUACUAUAACCGUGGCUCGAGCAUGCCGACCACUCCUGUCGACCGUAGUCCCUCGCCUGAAAGGACGCCAACCCAGGAAUUUUACCACGAAAGCGAAGGCAGACACAGGGCCGCACCCAACACAACCCCCUUUCGCGAGGACGGUGCCCCGCCUCCCCCUAUUCACCGUUCACUUAGCCCCAAGCCCCCCAAGCUGCAGCCUCCCGUCGAUCUUCAAAGUCCUCGCGUGAAGCGACGAGGAUCGUCUCCCUUGAAGCACGAGUACCUGCCGUCGGAAGAGUCCUCCGAUACAUCCCGUUCCGUCACCGAGAUAUCAGAGAGUGAGUCGGAGACAGAAUCCGACUACACAUCGUCCGAAGAUGAGUUUGACGAAGACAUCCCCGAAACCGAGGUGGGUUUCAGCAUUAGGGAGCCUGAAUCUCGGCCGGAGCGGGAAGGCGAUCAUGAGCGAAGGCGUGACCGUGACCAUGAACGUGACCGUGAACGCAAACACGAUUGGGUCCCGGAGCGGGAGCCUGAGCCAGAGGCUUCUGUCGACUCCUUCAGGGAAGAAUCGAUGAUCUCACAAUCCUUCGUUCAAGAAUCGAUGGUCUCCGAAUCCGUAUGCAGCUUGACGCCGUCCAACUCGGCCUCACAAGCCGGCCUUCGUGGCCGCAAGAUGAGUGCUUCGGAAGACUACACUAAGUACAUCGCUUCUAUUUCUUACUGGAAUGAGAAGAAGGGUCAAUGGAAGGACAUAUCAUUUGAGCCCUGCUCUAUUCAGGUCACUGCUGGAGUUAUUGAGGCAUACUCCCUAGUCAUGAGCCCCGGAGGGCAACCCGAUGUUCCCCUGGUUUCCCUCGAGCUAACGCCCCUCGUUCUCCUCCGACAGUCCACCGUUGUCGAUCUGGAGAUCCGCUCCGCCGUCAGGGACAACUGCAAGAACAAGGAGAUUGGUGGCGGCAACUUCCGCUUCCGCUGCCCGUCGAGCACGGAGUGUUUCAAUCUCUACAUGGCUGUCCACCACGCACGCCUCAACAACCAGAAGUUUAUCCAGCUCGAGAACGAGGCGCGCUACAAGUCAUUCGGUGAAAGGCCCGCUGAAGAGAAUGAAGACAACAGCAGCCGUCGGCGUAGCUGGUUCGGCCGCAAAAACAGCUAUCGCGCGUCGACCCGCGCCCCUUCUCAGUCCCACGACGGCAGCACGCCAUCGUCGAGCCCAUCCGCUACGAGCUUUCUCAAGAGGCUCACGGGCGCUGGUACCUUCAACAUCGCGCGGUCGUCCAUCGAUAAACAGGGCCGUUUCUCAGCCCACAAUAGCCUCUACACGUCCGGCUCCUCGUCCGACGGCUACCCCCGCUCCCCGUCGAUCAGCGUCUAUUCAAACUCCAUCCGCACCCCUCUAUCGUCCGACAACAUCAAGAUCCGGCUGCAUCUGCUCGUCACCUCAACUAAGUGGGAAGAUUACGGCAACUGCCUGCUGCAAAUCCGCCGCCCACCGCCGGGCUGGCGCCAGGAGUUACGCGCAAACCACGGCCUUGAGAAGCGUGUCACCGUCACCACCAUUCCCAAGAAAUCAGACAAGGCUCGCGUCGUGCUCGACGCCGUUCUGGGCAGCGGCUGCUUCACGCCCAUGGGCAGCAGAGGUAUUGUUUGCGGUAUCUGGGAAGAGAUCCGCGACGAACGAGGCGAGAUCGGUGUGGCGCCCAAGACGGGUGGUGCUUCGGGCUCGGUCAAAAAAUGGUGCUUCCAGUGCGCCAGCGUCUCGGAGGCCUCUUGGGUAUUGAGGCUUGUUCACCAAGAAGUGGGCGUCGAGCUGCGGGAGUGAGGGCGUUUAGUUGGAGGUUUUUUUAAUUUCCUAUUUUCGUAUAGCGUCUUUUUUAUACUUUCUCUUUUCCUUCGCUCUUUUCUCAAGUUCUUAUGGCCCCCUAUGAGCGUCAGCUCGCUUUAGUGCAUUACUAGACUCGGCUCAGGCGUCUGGCUUUACGGUGGCAUAGCGUAUUUUUUUAUGUCUGUAUGGUGUCUGGAGGGGGCAGGUAGGAGGCUGGGAUCUGUCCGCGAGGGGUGUAUAACCAUGGCCGAGGCCCAGGCGCUUGGAAGGGUAAACCGGUAUAUUUGCUUGGCGGUUUUCUUGCGUAUGAUCCCGAAGUCGUUUGUGGGUGUACAGGUGUGUUUGUAUAGUGUACGUUCUUUUGUAAAGAGCAUCGUGUAAAUACCCGGUCCAUGUUGACUACUAGCAUCAACUAUAAAGCUCCUUGGCCC